CUGUAGGUUCUUUGCACUGACAUCCCUUCGUCUAGUGUUUUUACUUGCAUUUAGCUCGAUGAUCAUUGUUUGUAUUGACCAAUGGAAGAACAAAAUUUGGCCUGAGAUCAAAGUGCCAAGACCCGGCGCAUUAGACAAUGAGAGCUGGGGCUUUGUGCACCCCCGGUUGCUCAGCGUGCCCGAGCUCUGCCACCGUGUAGCUGAAGUCUGGGUUAGUGGGACCAUUUUCAUAAGGAAUCUUUUGCUUUUUAAAAAGCAAAACCCAGGCAAGUUCUGCUUGCUGAGCUGUGGGAUACUCACCUUUUUGGCCGUCUUGGGUCGCUACAUCCCUGGGCUUCUGCUGUCCUACUUGAUGCUCGUCACUGUCAUGUUGUGGCCCCUUGCUGCAUACCACCGACUGUGGGAUCGAGCCUGUGUGCAGCUGAAGCCAGCUUUGCAGCGACUCGACUUCAGUGUUCGUGGCUACAUGAUGUCUAAGCAGAGAGAGAGACAAUUGCGCCGCAGAGCUCUACACCCAGAACGUGCCGUGGACAUCCACAGUGACAGUGAGGAGGAACUAGCCGCCUUCUGUCCUCAGCUGGACGAUUCUACAGUUGCCAGGGAAUUGGCCAUCACCGACUCUGAGCAUUCAGAUGCUGAGGUCUCCUGUACAGACAAUGGCACAUUCAAUCUUUCAAGGGGCCAAACACCCUUAACAGAAGGCUCUGAAGACCUAGAUGGUCACAGCGAUCCAGAGGAGUCGUUUGCCAGAGACCUUCCAGACUUCCCUUCCAUUAACGUGGACCCUGCUGGCCUGGAUGAUGAGGACGAUACCAGCAUCGGGAUACCCAGCUUGAUGUUCCGCCCUCCACCAGCUGCCGAGGAGCCCCAGCCCCUACCUGCCAGCCAGGAUGAGGCUGCACUGCCAGAGCUCCUGCUUGGUGCUCUUCCUGUAGGAUCCAACCUCACCAGCAACCUUGCCAACUUGGUCUCCCAGGGUGUGAUCCAGCUGGCUUUGUCAGGGGCUUCCCAGACAGGUCCUUCUGGCCCACCUCUCCGAAGAGCAGCGAGAGGCUUCCUCCGGGCCCCUAGUUCAGACCUGGACACUGAUGCUGAGGGAGAUGACUUUGAACUUCUGGACCAAUCAGAGCUGAACCAGCUGGACCCUGCCAGUUCUAGGAGCCAUUGAGAAAGAGACUCCUUGGGGGUCACUGUGGUUUAGGUUUUUUCCUCCCCAACCCACUUAAGGUGAUGUGGCAAGGAAAGAACCCAGGUCCCAUCCCCUGAAUUCUAUCUGUAUGUUGGGUGGCUUGGCUGUUAAACAGAAGCCUGUUGAAAGACGAUUCUCAUUUCCCUGCAGCCAGUUGGAGUACCCCCACUUCUGUGCCUUGUCACUGAAGUGGGAAUCUACUCCCUUAAGGGAGGCUUCUCGCCAUCAGGGCAGCAGAGUCAGGGAUAUAGAUUCCCCUUGGAGGAGAUGCUGCUGUUCGCUUUUAGGUGUGGGUGCACAGGGGUCCUCACUGAUAGAAGAGCCCAUCUCUUCUCCCCCACCUCACUGCAGCCCCAAGGCAAACAGCAUGAGGUGUUUGUAAAGCAAUUUUGUCCUUUGGUUCUGCAGAGCAGGCCUCCCUCUGCCAUAACCCAUCCUCAUUUCUUGAUGCUGACCCCUAGUGCUCCAAAGUACCACUUGUGAACUUUAAGAAAUGUGAACACGAUGUAGGGACAGGCCUCUUCUACAUCACUUGAGCUGUAGGGGUCAGAUGGCUGGAAGGGGCAGUGAGUGCUCAUCUUGACACACGGACUCUUCUGGGGCUGUGUGGUUGUCUUCGGUGCUGUUAACCCAUGGCUCCACUGACCGCUGGUCUCAGUAGUGAGCAAAGUGACACCAGGCCUGCUCUAUGUUCUGCUCCUUCGGAGAUGCAAUAAUCCCGUGGGGGAUGGCGAAGUAGCACUUUACACAUGGCUCUGUGGUGUUCAUCCCAGGAGCCGCCAAGUCUUCUUGCACCAGCUCUUCUUACCAUACUGCUUUGAAUUUCAGCUGCUCUUCAGCUCCUUUAAGGAUGAGCCCAGUUAGCAAGGAUGUGUUGGUGAUCAGUAGAGACUUUUGGGGGUAUGGUUCUAUGCCCCCCUAAUCAAAUCAUGUGAAACAAAAACUCCAAAAUGAUCAUUGGUUUAAUCCAAAGCCAGCCUACUGCCUCUCUCUGCCUCUGAAGUCAGAGCUGAAGCCAAAUUCUUCUAUCCUCUUUCCCUCUUGCAUUAACCCUUUGCUGAUCCUCAGGGACCACUCCCCCAGGACUCCAUACUUGGGUGAGGGAUGCUGGACAGAGCCCAUUUUCAUGUGCUGCAGGUUGGGGGGUGGACUAACAUGUUUGCUUUUGAUUAACUGGUAAGGUACAGAGGCCAGGGAGUGAAGAUAGUUAACAGAAGGGGUGUUUAUGACUAUUGAUUGUGAAGGUUAGGGUUAUGGCAUCUCCCCACUUUAGCUUCUCAAACAGACUUUGACAUCUCUUUCCUCACAGGUGAGCUCUGUUGGGGAAGAAGUAUGGGAGAAGAGUGGGAUUCUGGGCAUUUGCAUGAGUGUGUAGCUUCAUGCCUUGGGAGUUGACAAGAGGAAGAGGGAAGGAGCACAAAAUCUAGAAGGUCUUUCAUGUACCCGCGGGAUCCUGGUCUGAAUCUCCUGAAUCCUCCACUGUGAAUUGCGGGUGGGUGGGUGCUAGGGAAUAAAUCUUGUAUGAGAACCAUC